GUGAGGCUCAGUUUCUACAACAUGGCUCCGACUUGCACAGAACAAAACACCGUCUGCUGACUGACCGCCGUCUCUUCGCCGACAAGCCAGUAAACCAAAAUGGAGCAAGUCCAUGUCGUCCGGCAGCAUGUUCACAACUUCCAGAGUUGAUGUGUGACAGACUCAUGAUGCACGAAGCCAGCCGGGCGCCGUUAGCUUCACGUUAGCGGCCACGGCUGCUAAGUUACAAGUGGAGCGAGAGCACGGGCUUAGAAGGCAAGUCUGCCUUUGGUGUCAUCGAUUUCUAUCUCCAUGGAGGCGUGAAAGUCACCUUCUUUAAGAGACAGAAAAGGCGAACUCAGCUGGACACUGUGUGACUCUGAGCUGGCAUUGGAGACUCACCAUGGAUUGGCUGAUGCAUGCAGUAGAGAAAGACUUGGGGGUUGACCGACGGCAGCUGGGCCCAGGUCCUCGUCCCCGGGAGGUUGUAGCUCUUGUUCCUUCCCGCUGGGUGAUGGGCAUCAGGGAGAGGAGGGUCAUGCGUUGUCCUCGAUUUGACAGUAUCAGUGAAGCAGAAAUUCGCACUUACCUUCAAUGUUCCCAGGCAAAGCUGCCUCCUGGAUGGACACGAGUGUGCAUUCAGGGUCUAAGGAAAAGUAAGCUGAGCUACAGAUUGGCCAGAGACCCAUGCUAUCAAGAAAUGGAUGCCACUUCACAGGAUUCUUAUGUCAAAAUCAUGCAGUGUGUAUCACAGCGUAACAUCAGGAACCUGUGGCGUGAAGCUCAUUACAACCUGGUGCAGCCAUAUGCAGGGGCUGCUGAGCAGAUGCACAUCGCAGCUUUAGAUGCCGUGCGUCAAGCCCUGCAGAAGCUCUUCAAUUCAACUUUCUUGUCAACUGACAGAGUCUCACCAUCCCUUUCUCCAGCUAGAGAGAAGGAGAAAGAAACCCCUUUCCCUUCCAAUUCCUCCUCCUUUUCCAAAUCCCAGUCAGACAGUCUGUGUCCUAAUGUUCUCCCUGCAGAGGGUCUUCUGGAGUCAGCUGAGAUGCUCUAUGUGGUUCUUCCCUAUACUCAGUAUUCACUCCAUGAUAUUGUCUCCUACAGCCCGGCCAAGCUUGCCAACAGCCAUGCCAAAGUGCUGUUCAUUCUGUACCAGUUGCUAAAAGCUCUGCAAGCAUGUCAUGCAGCAGGGCUUUCUUGUGGAGAGCUCUCCUUGCAGGAUAUAGCAGUAGAUGAGCAGCUCUGCAGCCGCCUCAAGCUCAACCUCUCCCAUUAUGAGGAACUGGGGACAGAAAGGGAGGCAGACAGCUAUGUUACUGGCAAACAAGUGCCAAAAAGCAUCCUGCCAAGGGACAGCACAUGUGUGAGCAGUGACAACAAGAGACUUUGCAGAGACUGUUUUGAUGAGCUCAAGACCCUGGUCCUGGACUGGGUCCAUGGUCGAAUCAGUAACUUCCGCUACUUGAUGGAACUGAACAGGUUAGCAGGAAGGCGAGAAGGAGACCCUAACUACCACCCAGUGCUGCCCUGGGUGGUGGACUUCACUGUGCCAUUUGGAAGAUUCCGGGAUCUCAGGAGGUCAAAGUUCAGGCUCAACAAAGGGGAUAAACAGCUGGACUUCACUUAUGAGAUGACCAAAGAGGCUUUGGCAGCCGCUGGAGCAAAUGGGGGAGGAGGAGGCGGUGUGGGUGGAGACUUGGGGAUUGCUGUAGGUGCUGGUGGGGCUGGACAGUCUGACCACCUCCAUGUACCCCAUCACAUCUCAGAUGUACUUUCAGACAUUACUUACUAUGUCUACAAAGCCCGGCAGACACCUAAAUCAGUGUUGUGCAGCCAUGUGAGAUCUCAGUGGGAGCCUAAUGAAUACCCAGCCAGUAUGGAGCGCAUGCAGAGCUGGACUCCGGAUGAGUGCAUUCCAGAGUUUUACACAGAUCCCUCCAUAUUCCGGUCCAUCCACCCUGACAUGCCAGACCUGGAUGUGCCUUCAUGGUGCAACUCCUGUGAGCAGUUUAUUGAGGUCCACCGGCGCCUUCUGGAGAGCAGAGAGGUGUCUCAGCACUUGCAUCACUGGAUAGACCUCACAUUUGGUUAUAAACUGUCAGGUAAGGAAGCUGUCAAGGCGAAGAAUGUGUGCCUCCACCUAGUGGACAACCACACCCAUCUUACUAGCUAUGGUGUGGUUCAGCUGUUUGACCAGCCGCACCCACCCCGCCUUGCUCCUUGCCAGUAUGCCCCACCAGAACCACCUCUCCUGGGCCUUGCUGCUCUUAAUGUGCCUUCUUUACAAAUCCCUCAAUUCAACCCAAUGGCUGACACUGUAGAUGGAAUGGUGCCGGAGUCCACAGGGUGUGAAUCCAGUGGCUGGACUACAAUAGACAGAGAUGAAGAGCUUGAACAAGGUAUGGAAGCGCUGGACUCUUUAGCUUCCACUGGCUUGCCCACAUCAGCCUCCUGUUCUGUGCCACUGCCAAACAUCAGUACAGGGAAGAUGGGAGGAGAAUACCCAGCACUGAUUGUAUCCCAGUCUCCAAGUUCAUUUCCUUGUGAAGGCACUGGCAACACCACAGGAAGCAUGGCCCCUAGCUUACGCAGUGCCAUGUUACAGAGAGGAGGGGCGAUAAACAAAAAACAUGGGGAAGGGAGUGUGACGGUUACAAAUGCAGAGGAGAUCAAGAUCAUCCUCCCUGAAGGCUUCAACCCAUUACAGCCUCUGGAAGAGCUGGAGAAGCUGAACAAUUUCCUGGUGAAGAGUCUGCAUGCUGAUGUACCACAUCCUGCAGAGUCUAGUGAGGAGAGGAGAGAAGGGAGGAUAAUUGUAGAGUCUCUAUCCUCCCUUUCAGAGCUCUAUCAAAGGGACAUGCAGGCACUUGGUGUUCUCAUUGCCGAAAUCUUUUACUCCUCUAAACUGAGAGGACAGAAAACAAGUUCCCCCCUUAGACAGCGUUUCCAAGCUGUUUUGAAGCUGUGUUCUGCCAGCCUCCGUGAUGUGCCACUGUCUUUGCAUCACACCCUGGAGGUGCUGCUGCAGAUACAGAAGCAUUGCAGAAGAGCACAUGCAUGUGUAGAAGUACCAGAGUGCCCUCUUCCACUCCUUUUCAGAUAUGACCCUAUCUAUGAGGGUCUCCCUCCUCCAAACCCCUGUCAGUUACUGAGCCCAAUUAUCACCCCCAUUCCUUUUCCCGCCUACUUCCCAGCUCUUCACCAUUUUAUCUUCUCCUACCAUGCCAAGAUGGAGAUUACUUGUAGCCUUCAAGGAAGAGAUGUGGUCUUUCAUCUCUGGCAGCAACUGGAGACGCUGUUGCGGAGCAAUAUCACAGCUGAGGGACUUGAGAUCCUCUUGCCCUUCGUUCUGGCCCUCAUGCUUGAGGAGUCCACUGCUGUCUAUGCUGCCUGGUACCUUUUUGAGCCCAUCUCUAGAGUACUGGGCCCCAGGAAUGCCAGCAAGUACUUAUUGAAGCCCCUGGUCAGUGUUUAUGAGAACCCCCACUGCCUGCGAGGACGUUUCUAUCUCUACACUGACUGCUUCAUUCUGCAGUUGAUUGUAAGGCUUGGCCUGCAAGCAUUUCUGUCCAGCCUGCUCCCCCAUGUGCUGCAGGUAAUCACUGGCUUUGAGAGCUGCAUCUCAGGCUCUGGUGGGGAAGCUUGUAAAGGGCUGAGAAGUGUGACGUGUAACCUUGGAGAGGAAGAGGAAGAAGACUUCCAGUGUGGCAGCGGACAACCAUCAUCUGGGUCUAUUAGUGGGAAGGUAGGAGGUAGCACUGGAGGCAGUGUUGGGGUGGUAGGAGACACAGGUCUGGUAGAUUACUCCUCUGGCAUCAGUCUCAAUGAUCAGGUGUUUCUCUCUGAGGCAGAGGACUUUCAAAAUGGAUUUUAUGUCAACAGUGGAGCUGGGGUGACGUCGGGGAAACAGCAGAACCAGAACUCAGCCGCCAAAGAUCAAGACCAAGAGUCUCUAAGUGUUGGUAAAUUAAGUGACAAGAGUAGUGCAAGUGAACUCUCAUUAGGGGACGGAGACUCCACACGGGACCGAGCCAGUAUCAAAUCAGCUGACAGCAGCCAGGAUCUGAAGCAUGCCAGUGAAGGAGAGGAGGGAGGAGAGCUGGAGGAAGAGGAGAUGACAGAGACCAACGAGGGUAAAGAAGGGUUAGAUGACCCCGGUGUGCCCAUUGUGGAGCUAACACUCUCUGGUUGCACGGAGGAUUCAGGGGCCACAGUGGCCACUCUGGAGGGAGAGUCUGUGAAUGGGAUGCCAUUGGAAGAGACUGAAAAAGGCAUCGUGGGAGCAGAGGAGGAGGAAGAAGAGGAACAUGAUCCUUCAGAGGACUCUGAGGAGAAAGAGCAAAAGAUUCUUCUUGACACGGUCUGCAAGACGGUUAGAUGGCUGGCGGCAAAGCUUGGACCAACAGUGACCUCUCGAUAUGUGGCCAGAAAUCUGCUACGAUUACUCACAACUUGCUAUGUUGGUGUUGAAAAGCACCAGUUUGUCGCCCCUGCACCAGAGGAGAGCAAUUUGGAAAGCGUGGGGAUGGGAAGUGUGUAUGAGAAGAAGCCUGUGGUCGGUGACCAGACUGCAGGGCCUGUGUUGGACUGUCUCAUCUACAUAGCUCAUCUUUAUGGGGAGCCUGUACUCACCUACCAGUACCUGCCCUACAUAGGCUACCUGGUGUCUCCACCUUCUUCACAGCGUCUAAACACGCGUAAAGAAGCAAGUCUGCUUGGGGCUGUGGUCCUUACCCAAAAGAUAAUCGUCUUUCUCUCUGAUACCACUCUCAUGGACAUGCUGAUGAAGAUUAAUCAGGAUGUGCUCCUGCCAUUACUGGACCUGCUCACUUCUCCCAAAAUGGGGUUCCCCAGUGGGGUGCAGACACGCUCUGCUGUCUGUCUCAAGACACUCAGCCUGAUGGCUCUCAUUUGUCUGCGCAUAGGCAGGGAGAUGGUACAACAGCAUAUGGCUGACACUCUGCGCCGCUUCUUCACUGUCUUCUCUUUGCUGCACUGUCUGCAGCCUCAGCUGGAGAGCGCCACCCGCAGAGUUGUGGGAGAAGUCACCGUGGUGGACGUGAACACACCUGAGGAGUCAAAUGUGACAUAUGAGCUGGGGGUUUUGGAGGAGCUGCAGACUGUAUUUAACCCUGAGAUGGCCUAUGCCUCCUACAUCCCUUUCUACUGCCUCAUAGGUGACACAGCAAUUCGGAAGCUGGUGCCCAACCAUGAGCUGGUCUGGAGGUUGGCCCAGUCCUACCAUGAGAGUGUGAGCCCUGGGAGUCCGGAGGCUAACCCCACAGCUGCAUCCAGGGUGGAGCUCCCGCACUCCUCCAUGGGCCUGCCUGUAACCAGACGUGCUGGUCGCAACCCCUUUCCUGCACCUUCCACAGCGUCCACCCCCCUGGGAUCAGACUCCCUCCCUGAGUCAGGGACCUUUGGCAGCCACCUGGUUGGAAACCGCAUCCAAGUGUCCCAGGACACUGAUUAUGGUGGUAGCCCCAACCUCAGCUCUGUUGACUCCUGGGGUCGCCCUCACCCCAGCCACACUGCCCCAAUCAUCACUACUGCCUCUACCUUCACCACUCCCUCCUCUGGCACAUCAUUCUCUUCCUUUUCCUCCUCCUGGGUCAAGGGUCCCACUCCAGAGGACAGUGCCCUUAAGCAAGAGCUCACUCGUAGCAGCCGCACCCUGCAGGGCAACUGGCUGGCCUACUGGCAGUAUGAGAUCGGCCUCAACCAGCAAGAUCCACAUUUUCAUUUCCACCAGAUCCGGCUGCAGAGCUUUCUAGGUCACUCGGGCACUACCAAGUGUCUGGCACCGCUAGCAGGAGAAGACUACUUCCUUUCUGGCAGUAAAGACAAAACCGUGAGGCUUUGGCCGCUCUAUAACCAUGGUGAUGGAACAAAGGAGGUGGAGCCCAGGUUGACAUAUACUGAUCAUCGAAAGUCUGUAUUCUACGUGGGACAGCUCGAGACUUCACAGGAGGUGGUCAGCUGUGAUGGCACUGUGCAUCUGUGGGACCAGUACACAGGCAAGCAGAUCCGUUCGUAUGAAGCCCUGGAUGGGAAAAACCCAAUCACAGCUGUCACCACCAUGCCAGCUCCACACUGUAGUGUUGUCUUUGGCAGUGCUGAUUCUGUUCUCCGCUUCAUUGAUCCUCGUAAACCGGGACUGCAGCAUGAGUUUCGUCUGGCGUACAACAAUGUGAGUGCCGGGCUGAUCCGCUACCUGGCAGUGAGCCCUGGAGGUCGGACAGUGGCUGCAGGCUUCUCAUCUGGCUGCAUUGUUCUGCUAGAUGCGCGCACAGGCCUUGUUCUGAAAGGCUGGCCUGCUCAUGAGGGAGACAUCCUCCAAAUGAAGGCCGCAGAGGGAAACAUUGUCAUCAGCUCCUCCACUGACUACUCACUCACUGUGUGGAAAGAUCUGGAACACAAGCCCCUUCGCCAGUACAAGUCACCCUCUGACCCCAUCCAUGCCUUUGACCUCUAUGGUCCAGAGAUCGUGACUGGAACGGUGGCUAACAAGAUAGGAGUGUACUCUAUGGCAGAUAUCUCUGUCAGCCCAGUUAGCAGCACCAAGCUGAGCUCAGAGAACUUCCGAGGCACGCUCACCAGCCUGGCAGUCCUGCCCACCAAGAGGCUUUUGCUCCUGGGCUCUGAGAAUGGUGCCAUCCGGCUGUUAGCUUAGGCUAAAGCAGUGGCUCUCAGCUACAGUAACACUCUACCACCGACCUUACAGAAGUGUCCUGAUGGUUAAGGCUGAAGCCAGGUGCCUCAGUCCCCUCUCCGGCCCUCCUGCUUCUCAAAUUGAGGCCAGUUGUAUCGACGGGGCAAGCUGCCAACUCCUCUAAACUGCUUUCAAAUGAUAGCAGCACCAGUAGUGCAGUAGUUGUAUGAGCUUCAUGUCUACCGAAUCUUACCGCUUUGGCUGUAGGCACUGACCAAAUUGGUGGACAGGAAAAUUGUACCACGCUAUUGAAAUUUACCAUUGUACAGCAAAUCACAUGAGUUUUUAAAGCAUUUUGCCUAUAGAUAGUAUAUAAUGGGAAAUUCUUAUCUCAACAAAAUUCAGUUAUUCUUUUCUUGACGAGGUCAGUUAUUAUUUUCAAAAGAAUGAAUCAGAAGAACUGCUCAGGAAGGUGGAACCAAACAUGGUUCUAAUGUAGUGUUUACACUUUCCAAAUAGAUGCAUACCAACACCAAAAAUACAUUCACUUCACCUUUCAUUUCCCAUCCAUGUAAGAAACACAUGCAUCCAAUGCACUGAUUAAACUAUGCAGUAUUUGUAGAUCAAACCAUCUGUUUGUGUUAGCGUUACCCUGUGUAUAAUGAGAAUUAUCUCACAGCAGAUUGUUUAUACGUCAUGACCAAUAAAAUUACAGUUGCUGUUUUUAACGGUGACUGUGUGCAUCUUCUCAGAGUGGACAUGCUUCAAUUCACGUCACAUACAAAAGUCAAUUAGAGAUGCACAACCUUAAUUAAACUGCACAAAUAUGGCCUGAAUUCCAACAUGUAGAUUCUCACCAAGAUUUUAAGAUUGAAUGUUUUUAAACCACUAAUAAAUUACUUGAAGUAGCUUUGAAAUAUUCUAAAUGAUGUUCAGAAAUUCUUGGUUUAGCAGUCAGAGAAAGUGUAGCAACAUAAAGCCGGGAGUAUCUCUAAGUCAUGAGGAAUUGCUGCGCAGAUGCCACUUUGACUAGAUCUGCCAGCUGUCGGACUUAGCAGGUCCUAAUCACUGACUACACAACCUGGAACAGUCAAUGCCAAGAUACCACAGACUUUUGUACUCUAAUAUUUCUAUGUAAUUGCCUUUUAACAAUUAAAUAUUCAAAGAAUGAUGACUAAAGUCAUGAAUGGCUCCAAAAGUCUUUGAAUUUGUAAUUCAACUAGCUUCUCAUUACUUACUGCAAAUGUGUAUUGAAAGAUUUUCCCUCUGAACCCAUCCCAGUUAUUAUUAGUGAAAUUUUUUUCCCUAAAUGUCAGUGUCACACCAUGGCAUCUGUCGCCAAGUUUUCAGUACCUAACAUCCAACAAACAAAGCUGUGUUUAUUCUUGUAUGAUUUUGUUGUCAUGUUCUGAACAUAGUUUGCUUACUUUUUAUGAAUAUGAAAACUUUGAGUUACUCACCCAAAACUCAAUAUGCUCUGACGACUAUACUCCACUUUUUAACAUUUUAUGUGUUUUUGUAAACUUGGAGUCAAAGCUCUGUAGUCAUUAAAUAGACAACUGAAGUAGUUGUUGCAUAUUGAUAAUCAGUUACGAUUGAUCUGGUUUAUAUUUUCUGGCACAUUUUAAUGAGAAAAUACAUGCUUAUUUAUUAACUGGAUUAAUAAAAGUUUGCUCCAUGUUAUU